AAAACUGGAGCCCACCAGCGCAGGAGUGUCAGCCGAGACCUGGGAAGGGAGCAACCAAAGCUAAGGAUGAGGGGGAGGCAUUGGGGGGAGUGGAGUGGCCUGGGGUAGUGCCAACAAGUAGCGACCCCCUCACUAUGCAACUCCCCCUCCAUUCAGAUAUGACCGAAUCCUCGCAGCUCCACGACUCUUCGAGAGGCAUAGCAGCGUUGCGCAGACUAGGCCGGCCCCACCCCUGCCCGUUCUGCAACAAAGUCUUCCCCUUCAAGUCCAUCCUUCGCAACCACUUGAGAAUACACACAGGGGAGAAGCCCUAUGCAUGUCGAGUGUGCGGGCGGUCAUUCAAUCACUGCAGUAACUAUUAUAAACACGAAAGAGCUUGCGCCUUGAAGCUUGCAGAGUCUGCUGAGGAUCAGACAGCAGCUGCCUCAACAGUUCUGGGUGGAGACCCACAGGGAGAGGUCUGGGGGGAACCUAGGGAUGCCUCUUCUCAGUUACACAGUUCCCAGUAUCAGCAACAAAGCACUAGUCAGCAACUAACAGCUCAGCAUACUCAUUCUGCUCACCACUCCCUACAUGCAUUCCCUUCGCUUCAGCAGCAACAUUCCCACCCAUCGUUAUCACAAAUCCAGCCCUCUGUGCAGCUGACAUCAUCCUCGCAACAGCCUUCCGUAGGACCUCAAGUCCACAACCCUCAGUACCCAACUCGACCAUCUAACAGCACUCACCAACCCUCUUCCUCAAAGGCCUCACCUCCCACGUCAUCUCAUGCGCCUCAACACCGCAUUUCCAUAAUUCCUCAGCCUCCCUCUCACUCCCCUCAGUCAGAGGACCGCCCACGAGAGUCCCCAUUACAUGAGCAGGGCAAAAGUGUAAUGGAAGCGGGGAUUAAUCCAUUGGCGCGACCUCUGACUCUCUCUUGUUGUCACUUGCAGGGGACGUGUGUGUCCGCCGCCGCGCGCUGUCACGACAUGUCGGCUUAUACCAGUGGUGGGGAAGGUGUUGGUGGUGGAGGGAAUGGUGGAGGGGAAGGCGGCGGCGGCAUUCGGAGACUCCUGGAGUGUGAGCACUGUCACAAGCACUUCACUUCACGCUUCAACCUCCAGCGUCACCAGCUCAUCCACACAGGCGCCAAGCCGUAUGAGUGCCCCUUGUGCCACCAACGGUUCAACCAGUCAGGUCAUGUCAAAACUCACCUGAGAACCCGCCAUCCCACCCAAGAGGCUCAAACCCUUGCCGAUUUAGCGAAACUGUAGCCCAUAGCUGCCGGACCCUUGGU